GCAGAAAAUGCGCACGCGUCGGUGACUCCCACAAAAUGCUCAGACUUGUCGUGGUGGCCAUAGGUUUGUCCGUAGUUUAUGCACAGUCCUCCCCAUGUCCCGAAAUAUUUAAGUAUGUGAGUGACCAGAAUGGAGUGUAUGGACGCUUGAAAAUACAGCCGUCGGAAAGUGUUCAGUCUAUAACUGUGAAAAUCAACUUGACUGUCGCAGCUAGGCUGCCUACGAACUAUGUGGGUUCCAUCGAGCCUCUGGGCGUGGAGAUGCAGCUGCUGGAGAGCUACAACCGCGGCAGCCCCAUCAGCUACCGCGUCAACUUCCCCGUCAUCAGCCCCCUGCCCAAAAUCACCUCGCUGACCGUCAACAACAAGGUCCUGUGCUAUGGCCCGGGAGAUGUAGCAGGAGCCAAUCAAUACGUGACGAUGAUAACGCUGGAACACAUACUGUACUACCGGGGAGGCUCGGCGCCGAGUGUGGUCCACGCGCAGAACGCACCUGCGAAGCCAGCUGCCCCACAACCAGUGCAGCCAGCUGCAACGCAACCUACACCCACCUUUAUUUUAGAGGGAUUCCCUGACGAUCAAGAAAUCAAUAUUAUAAUUGCGGAAGCGGAACCCAUUACGACAACAAAAAAGCCUCCUCCGCCGGAGAUAGAUUGGGAGGGCCCUUCGGGACCGUAUUGGGAGCGGCCCCCACCGGAUAGACAUGGACCACCCCACAGGCAUGGGAAGCCACCACCAGAGGGGGGCAGACAUCCCCCACCGCAUCACGAGUGGAACCGACCUCCUCCCAAUUGGGAUAGGCCUCCACCCCAAAAAUGGGAAGAAGACGAUAAUCCUCCACCAAGAGAAAAGCCGGCGCACAAACCAACAACGAUAAAACCUACGCCCAAAGAGCCAGAACCAACUGAAGAGUACCAAGAGGAACCAGAAACGCCUAAACCAAAGCCGACUCGUCCAUCCAUGUCAGAUAGGACGUCUGGUGACACCUGCGGUAAAAAUGGCUUGGAUUCCGUUCCCCUGGUCUACCGCGGGACGAGCUACGAGAGGGGCAAGUGGCCGUGGCUGGUGGCGCUAUUCAAAAGGAAAUAUACGGGGCUGAGUUACAUUUGCGCGGGAACUUUAGUCUCUGACCGCCAUGUUGUGACAGCGGCCCAUUGCAUGCAUCGGAAGAAUUCGUACACUGCAUCCAAAGACAUCGUGGUUAGAAUAGGUGUUUAUAACUUGGACGAUUGGGCUGAUGAGGCUGUAGUCAUAAGGAAUUUGGAAAAUGCCAACAUACACGAAUCGUACAACUCGACAACACUUGCAAAUGACAUUCUGGUGCUAACUCUAGACAGGCCAGUGGAAUUCAAUCUGUACAUAAAAGCGGCUUGUCUUUGGAGUGGAAUCACCGAUCUGAAUGCCAUUGUAGAGAGUUCUGGAGUGGUCGCCGGUUGGGGCGCUAGUGAAGCUGGACCAGCUGGUAGGGGAGAGCCGCGCAUGGUCCGUAUGCCCAUCGUUAGUACCACCACCUGUCGCGCCAGCAAGCUUGAGUUCCACAAGCUGACAUCCUCUAAAACACUUUGUGCUGGUGAUCGCAACGGAGCUGGGCCUUGUUUGGGAGACUCAGGCGGUGGCCUGUAUAUCCUAGACAGCAACACUGGUCGCUGGCGACUUCGUGGCAUAGUCUCCAUAUCAUUGUGGACUCAAAGCGGUGAAGAUACGUGCAAUCUCAACGACUACAUCGUGUUUACUGAUACUGCUCAAUAUUUACCGUGGAUAAGAGCUGCCAUAGCUACGUAAUAUUAGGUAGUUUAAUAAAUAUUUAAUUUAA